AUGGAAAGCGAAUGUAAAAAUUGUGAUAAGGACACUAAAGAAUCAAAAAAGACUUGUAAAGACUCUGGAUGUGACUCAUGUGCAGAUUCAGAACCUCGAAAGUCAAGCUUGAUCUGGUCAUCAAUGAACGGAGAACUAAUAGUUUGUAAUUGUGAUUUUACAGGUGCAAAAAUGAGCCCUCAAAAUCAAAGGCUGUUGGAGUACUUGCAAAGUCUGAAUUAA